AUCCACCGGCUGCCCAUGCCCAACCUCAAGGACGAGCUGCACUCCUCGGGGUGGAGCUCUGGCUGCAGCUGCUUUGACAAUGGCACCACGAGGAGGAACAAGCUGGUGCUGCCCGGUCUGAUUUCCUCCCGCAUCUACGUGGUGGAUGUGGGCACCCAGUGCCGGGCCCCCAAGCUGUGCAAGAUGAUCGAGCCGGUGGAUGUGUUCUGGAAGUGCAACAAGGGCUACCUGGGCGUGGUCCACAGCCUGCCCAACGGGGACGUGCUCAUUGCCAACAUGGGAGACCCUGCUGGCAACGGCAAAGGUGGCUUCGUGGUGCUGGACGGGGAGACCUUUGAGCUGAAGGGCAACUGGGAGAACGAGUGCGAAGCUCCCCCGACGGGCUACGACUUCUGGUACCAACCCCGGCACAACGUGCUGGUCAGCUCUGCCGGGGUGGUGCCCAAACGGGCAGGACGGGGCUUCAACCCCGAUGACCUGAAGAAAGGGGUCUUCGGGCGCCGCCUGAACGUGUGGAACUUGUCGUGCCGCAGCCUCACCCAGUGCUUCGACCUGGGCGAGGACUCGCUGCCCCUGACCGUGAAAUUCCUGCACAACCCCGACGCCGCCGAGGGCUACGUGGCCUGUGCCCUCAGCGGGGUCAUCUACCGCUUCUACAAGUGCGAGAGAGACAACUGGGCCGUGGAGGAGGUGAUUCGCAUCCCGUCCAAGGACGUGUCGGGCUGGAUCAUGCCCAAGAUGCCAGCCUUCACCGCGGACCUCAUCAUCUCCCCGGACGACAGGUUCCUGUACCUCGCUAACUGGUUCCACGGGGACAUCCGGCAGUACGAGCUCUCCAAGGGCUGCAAGCCCCGCCUGGUGGGGCAGGUGUUUGUGGGAGGCAGCAUCCUCCGAGGGGCCGUGACCGUGUGUAGGGACGAGGAGCUCAAGUGCCAGCCCGAGCCCCUGGUGGUCAAGUGCAAGCGGAUUUACGGCGGCCCCGCCAAGCUGCAGCUGAGCCUGGACGGGCGCAGGCUCUACGUCACCAACUCCUUCUACAGCACCUGGGACAAGCAGUUCUACCCCACCAUGGUCAGGGAGGGCUCGGUGAUGCUGCUGAUCGACGUGGACACGGAGAAGGGAGGCCUGACCGUCAACAAGAACUUCCUGGUGGAUUUCGGGAAGGAGCCCAACGGGCCCGCCCUGGCCCACGACAUUCACUUCCCCGGCGGCGACGCCACCACCAUCGAGAUCCUGCCCUAG